AUGGAAGUCCAAGAGCGAAGGAGCGGCCGGAGCUCCAACGACGUGGCCGACGCCCUCAAGAGCGGCCUGCAGCUCUCCAACCAGGACGAGGCCAAGACUGAGGCCGGGGCCAAGACUAAGGCCGAGGCCCAGCCAACCGACGCGUCCGAGGGCCAAGACGAAGAGGCCGCACGCCGGGACACGCUGCGGCUGGCCUUCGUGGGCAACGUGGACAGCGGCAAGUCGAGCCUCAUCGGCACGCUGAUCAAGGGCGACCUGGACGACGGCCGCGGCUCGUCGCGCCAGGCCAUCUUCCGUCACAAGCACGAGGCCGAGUCGGGCCGCACCAGUAGCGUGGCCACUGCCUACCUGGGCUUCGACGCGCGCGGCGAGCAGAUCCUGUCCAGGCGCGCGGGCAAGCUCAUCCCAUGGGCCGAGCUGGCCAAGAUGGCGCACAAGCGCAUCCAGCUCAUCGACCUCGCGGGCCACGAGAAGUACCUCAAGACGACGGUCUUCGGCCUCACCGGCAUGCAGCCGGACGUCGUCGUGGUCGUCGUGGGCGCCAACAUGGGCGUCAAGCGCAUGACCAAGGAGCACCUGGCCAUCGCCGUCGCACUGGAGAUUCCUAUCGUUGUGGCCCUGACCAAGAUCGACAUUGCCCCCAAGAACGUGGCCAAAGAGACGCUCGCGACAGUUCGCCAGGCCUUACGACGCUACGGGAAGAUGGCGAUGCUCGUGAAGACGACGGAGCAGGCCGUGACGGCAGCCAAGGGCAUUCCGUCGAACCGCAUCACGCCCAUUCUGCCGAUUUCUAACGUCACGGGCGACGGCCUGGAGAACCUCCGCCGGAUACUGUACGAGACGUCGCCGUCGGCGUUGUUCAAGGCGGGGCUGUCUGCCUCGACGCUGGCUACGACCAAGUCGAUCAACCAGGAGGAAAGUAUCGCGGUUGCAACACCAGCCGCUGCGGGGGAGACGAAGAAGAAGGCAAUAGCGGUGGCCGACGUGGUUGAAAUGCCCAUCGACGAGACGUACCAGGUCCCAGGCGUGGGGUUCAUCCUUGCAGGCACGUUGGUGACCGGAAGCUUCAAGGUGAACGACGCGCUGCAGAUCGGACCCGACUACAACGGACACUUCCACAAGGUUACCGUGCGCUCCAUGGAGUCCAUGUACAUGCCCCUGAAGGAGCUUGUGCCGGGGCAAACUGCGGCGCUUUCGGUCCGGUCGGUUAACAAGAAGUUCGCGCUGAGUCGAGCGACUUUCCGCAAAGGAAUGAUUCUGCUGAGCCCGGAAAUCAAGGUCGACGACUACGUCUCUCGAGUGUUCGAGGCCCGUGUCGUGAUCCUGCACCACCAGACCACCGUCACCGUCGGCUACCAGCCGAUGGUCAACUGUCGAACGAUCCGACAGACCGCUGAGAUCAUCUCGAUCGAAUCGAACCAGGACGUCAUCCGCACAGGGGACCGAGCACUCGUGCGCUUCCGGUUCAUCCAUGCGCCCGAGUUCUUAAAGAAGGGGAUGCGCUUCGUGUUCCGCGACGGCCAAGCCAAAGGAAUCGGCAAGGUCGUGCGAAUAGUCCCCGCUGAGCAAUGCGAGACGCUGUGAGCAACGUACGAGAGGGAGUGUAUUGAUAAGGGGGACGGAAGAUUCGGGUAUGAGCCAUUUC